AUGGACAACGAAAUUAUACCAGUGAUAUCGAGGCCUAAUCUACAACGGGCCUACCCAGCCUUAAUGUCCUCUCGGUCGUCUUUCGGCUCCCCAUGUCGAGUUAUGAAACUUUUCAAACGUCGAAGGCGAACUUCUCACUCGAUCAUUCGCGUUACGUGGCGGCCAGAAAAUCCACCUUCAUCGGUGCCAAGGGUUGUGUUGAAAAGAACUCAUGAGUGA